AUGAAAAUAUUUCUAUAUGUGUUUGUUCUACUGAACUUUGGUUUUUCAAUUCUUUGUGUUUAUCCGCCAUUUCGACCAAGAUGUCGAUAUGAUAAAGAAUGUGCUGAAUGGUGUGGAGAAAAAAGACAUUUGGUAAGCUUUGUUGAUAAAAAUAGUUAUGAUCUCUGUUUUUUGUAGCCAGAUCGAAUUCCUGAUUGUUACGUUCAUCGUUGUUAUUGCAUUGAGAAACAUAAAAAUAUUGGAAAAUUUGAAAAAGAAGAAAAACCCUGUAAACAUAAGAAUGAUGAUUGUUUUGAUAAUUUAUUUCAAAAUCGAUAA